UCUGUCACACAAAAACAUUUUCUUCCAUUUUUCUCUUCUUCUCUUUGUCUUUCUGAUUCUGCAGACAAACAUCACCGAAUAACAAAUAAAAAAAACCCCAAAAAAUUACAUAAAAAAAAUCCUCCUGAAAAUAGCAACCCUAGUUCAUUCUCCUUCCAUUUCUACUUCAAUGGAGUCACUUUCACGGCCUUUACACAGAAGAAAGCUUUCGAGUGCUAAUGGCUUUUCAUUUUCAGCUAAACAACAUCCGUACGACGACGUUUUUGCACAGAAAAAGUUCGGAGCUCCGGUUUUUUCUUCCGGAGCUCCGGAUUACUCUGAGAUUUUUGGAGGUUCUCGUGGUUCGUCGAUUCCGGUACUUGAUCUUUCUGGUUUAGAUGAUGCUAAAAUUUCCGAUGAUUGUCGAAGUUCCUCCUCUAAACUUGAUUAUUCCAACAUUUUUGGUGGUUUUUGUGAAGAAGAUAUUGCUGUGCCUUAUGAUGAGUUGUUUUCUGGUGCUAAACGUUCUUCUGGUAAAACUCGGACUGCUUCCGAAGGAUCAGAUCAAUUUAGUCCAAGUGGAAGGCACAAAGAGUCCUCAUGUGAAGCGACUAAUCAAUCUAUUGAUGGGCCAAAGCACUUCAACUUAUCUUAUCAUAAGACCGGCCAAAGAAACAGAAAUGGUUCAAAUGGGAUGACGCAGAUAGCUCAACUGCAUGCUGUCCCUGGUUUUAUGUAUUUUAUAGAUGAAAGUUCUCAUUUACCAAAGACUGAAGCCUUUCAGCGAGCACCCUUUGUAAAAAGUGAUGUACAGCGCAACAAGAGUUUUAGUGGGGAAAUAUUUAAAGAAGGACGUGAUAAGGUGGGGGAGUUGCAUGUCCCAAAGAUACAACGUUCAGAUGAAAUACAUCGGAACAGGAGUUUUAGUGGGGAAAUAUUUAAAGAAGGGCGUGGUAGGAUGGGGGAUUUGCAUGUCCCAAAGGCACAAAGUUCAGAUGAAAUACGUCGCAAUAGGAGCUUUAGUGGGGAAACAGGUAAAGAAGGGCAUGCUAGGACUGGGGAUUUGCAUGUCCCCAAGAAACAAAGUUCAGAUGGACAUCGCAACAGGCGCUUAAGUGGGGAAAUAUUUAAAGAAGGUCAUGAUAAGAAUGGGGAUUUGCAUGUCCCCAAGAAACAAAGCUCAGGUGAAGCACAUCAUGACGGGAGCUUUAGCGGGGAAUUAUUUAAUGGGGGUGAUAGAAAGGAGAAUUUGCAUAUCCCCAAGAAACAAAGUUCAGAUGGCGUAAUGAAGGUUAUAAGUGGAUCUAGCUGGGAUGCAUUCCAUUUUAAUGAUAAGUUUUAUAGUGCACAUGAUGAAUUUGAGAGAAGAUCAAGUUCCACUGAAGGGGCAUCAACUUCAAGCCCCAUGGCUAAUGACAUCAAGGGCCAGCCUAAUCAAUCAAAAAUUUCAGGUCUUGAUCCCAAAUAUGGAGCAUCUGGAAGCGGUAUUCGUCCCACUAAUACUUCACCUACUUCUUCUGAUGAGGAACUUGAUGCAAAUUCAGCAGCUGCUGUUUCUGCUGCCACAUUGAAAAAAGCCAUAGAGAAGGCUCAAGAAAGUAUUAGACUAGCAAAAGAGCUAAUGGAGAGAAAAAAAGAAGGUGUUCCAGCUUCUCAGAAACCAAGGUCUAAAGGUAGCUUAAAAUCUAAGGAUAAUAGGGUUGAGUGCAACACAAGAAGUAACAGGGAAAAUGCUAUGGAAUUGCAUAGAAAAAUAGGUAUUGGAUUGCCACCAUUCGCUGAGGUGUGCAGAGGAAUCCCAUCAAGUAAUGGUGAUUUUGCUUCAUUCAUCAAUCUUAAAGAACAGCAAUGGGUUGCUGGAAUGGUUAAGCAGAAUACCCAGACUGAAAAUGCUGAAGCAUCUCAAGGAGAUGUAGCAGGAGCUUGGUUUCCGGAAGUGGUAAGCAGUAGAAAAGAGAAUAUAGAAACCAUGGUAUCUCAGCAGGUUGAGAGCAACAAUCACUCUCAACCAUCUGUGGAGAAUAAUAGACAUGUAUACAAGCUUAAGGAGAUGAAUACAAGUAACAAGACCAUAGAGCUUGGUGAAGAACCUGAUUACGUCAAACCAAUGGGGGAAAUGCCAACACUAAACCUUCUUGGGAAGGCAGAAGCUCCAGAGCAAUUCAAGGAUACUUCUAAUUCAGCUUUGAUGCAUGAUUCUGAAGAAUAUGUAAAUUCAGAAGUCAUCAAUGAGUAUGGCUUUUCUAAGGGGAACGGAAAUUGUUCUGCUGAGUUGAAGAAGUCUGAAUACAUGAAGAACAAUCUAGAGUCAAUAUUUCAUAAGAUGUGGAGUUUCAAGAACUUGCAGAACUCUCAGGAGACACUUACUGAGGAAAAAGUUGGGUUCCAAGAAACUGAGAAUGAUAAUCUACAUAACAACAGAGAGACACCUCCAGAAGACGAGGCAGUGAAGCAUGAAGACUUGGAAUGCAGAAUAGUGCCAAAUAAGUUAGAAAAUGUUUAUGAGGUGGAAGAAAACAAAAGCAGAUUGAGGAGGAGCUCCAACGAAGAAGAAACUGAGAUUAUGCACAAGGAAGCCUUCCUAUGGGUGGAAAAUGAUGAGAAGCCCCAACAUGACUGCGGGAGAGUAGGCAUUGAGAGUAGACAGGAAGAUUUCCAACGUGGCGAACACGCUGAGAAGUGGUCAUAUGGGGUUCAUGAGCUUGAACCGAGUGAAAAGAAAACCCCUUACUGUCAUGAAGGGGAAGAAAGUGAGAGAAAACGAGAAGGAUCUGAGAUGGAAGGACAUCAGAAGAUAUCAUUAGAGCCUUGUCAGUAUGAAGCAACUGAAGAAAUAGAGAACCAAGCAGAUAAAUUCACAGAGAGUAAAAAGACUGAAGCGAGUCAGGAGGCUGAAGAAGCUGAUAGUAGGCUGGAAGCAUCUGAUAAGAGUGAGGAUGAUCAGGAGACAAGUGUGGCUCCGGGUGUUGCUGAUAAACAAAAUUCAAAGAGUGCUGUUAAUGAGCCUGAUCUCAAUGGCAGUCCUCGUUCAAGUGAGAUACAAGAAGCUUGUGAAGAUCAACUAGAGAAUAAUGAUGUUGAAAUAAGUCAGCAGGCAGUUAAUUUUGAAGGGGUACAAGGAAUUUCUGAAGCCAUCUAUGAACGUGAGUGUGAGAAGGAUGGAGUGACUGAAGAGUCCUCCAAUUCUUGGGAAAAGGAGAUAUUGGAAACUGCGAGUGAUCUCCAAAAUUCUAGUGAAGAGGAUACCUCUGAGGGCGUAGUGCAAGGCACUUGUGCGGCCUCAUCUGAGGAUGUCAAGGAAGUGAAUUGUGGUUCCACUUGCAUGAACGGCAGGGACAAUCUUCCCUGUGAACGAGUUAUUUUUGAGACAGAGAGCUUCCGCAAUGUGAUUCAGGAGAAUGCCAGUGAUACUGAAUCACAUUUUGUAUCUGAGGUCCACGCUUCUGAAGAAUCAGAGAAUACCACUUUUACUGACAUAAACCUUGAGCAGAAAUGCAUGGAUGAGACAGGUAGGGACCGAGAAUUAUACUCAAAUCUUGAUGAGGGGGAUGACUUGUGUGUCCCUGGACAUGUAGGAAAUGAGGAAACGAUCAAGGAGGAUGGUAUUGCUGCUGACCAGGUCGAGAAAAACAAAGAUAUUAAAGCAGCUCAGGGAGACCAAAAGUCUGUUGAGAACUCAGAAGAACUAGAAUGCUCUUCCUCAGCUGGUGACUGCAAAGACAAUGAGCCACUGGACAAUGAUGAAAAGAUAAAAGCCGAAAUGCACGAGGAAGAGAGCAAUCAAAAAACUGUUGUAGAAGAGGAGACCAAAAAGUCUUUGCAAAAAGAAGUGGAGGAUGAAAAUAAUAGUAAAAGAGCCCAGGUAGACGAGAGACAAAAAGAAAGGGAAAAAGACAGAAUAGCUGUGGAAAGAGCAAUUCGUGAGGCUCGUGAGAGGGCAUUUGCUGAAGCCCGAGAAAGGGCUGAACGAGCUGCUGUGGAGAGAGCAACUGCUGAAGUUCGACAAAGAGUAAUGGCUGAGGCACGGGAUAAGCGUGAGAAGGCUUCUGCAAGUAGCAAGGUAUCAACAGACAAAGCUUCCAUUGAAGCCAAGCUUAAAGCAGAGCGAGCUGCUGUGGAGAGAGCAACUGCAGAAGCCCGUGAACGUGCUUUGGAAAAAGCUUUAUCACAAAAGGGCACGACAGCUGAAUUAAGGUCUCAAGCAGAUAGACACGGUGAUGAACGAAUUGCUAGUGCAACCCGAGAGAACGGAUUGAAGCAUAGCCUUUCCUCUUCUGAUUUGGACAAAUUUGAUGGAAGUAAUAGUGAAUCAGCUCAAAGACGCAAAGCAAGGUUGGAGAGGCACCAGAGGAUAAUGGAAAGAGCAGCAAAAGCCCUUGCGGAGAAGAAUAAGCGUGAUCUUCUGGCUCAGAAAGAGCAAACUGAGAGAAAUAGAUUAGCUGAAGCUCUUGACGCUGAUAUUAAAAGAUGGGCCAGCGGGAAGGAAGGGAACCUACGUGCGCUGCUUUCUACUCUGCAAUAUAUCCUUGGAUCCGAUAGUGGUUGGCAACCCAUCUCGCUGACUGAAAUUAUUACAACUGCUGCGGUGAAGAAGGCUUACAGGAAAGCAACUCUUUAUGUUCACCCUGAUAAGUUGCAGCAAAGAGGAGCGAGUAUUCAGCAAAAAUAUAUCUGUGAAAAGGUUUUUGAUCUUCUCAAGGCGGCAUGGAACAGGUUCAACUCAGAAGAGAGGUGAACAGCGUCAGUGGAAAUUCUGUGGUAUGAGCAGGUGCUCCGUGCUGUCCUUAUACUGGCAAUCAACUUUUCAAGAUGGAAGACGAGGAAUGAAUUAAUGGUGCCUUAAUUUUGUCUUGUAUAUGCAUUGAAUUAUCGGCAAUCUAAUUAAAAGACGGAAUAGAACAAUAGCUCCUCAAUUUGGAAAUUCAGGCUGAAAUGAUUAAUUUACACAAUGUGCAAAUGCAAGGUAAAUUUAGGUGUAAAGAGGUGAUUGUCCUAAGCUCGGGUAUGAAGGGUUCAGGUGAAAUAGUAUUUUUUACUGCAAGAUGCCACAAAGGGUUGUAUAAGAUAUCCCUUGAGAGAUCUUAUUGAGAUGUGAUCAACUAGUGGCGAUUGUAAUUAAUCCCUUGAGUUAUAUGAACAGACAUAUCCACCAA